ACAGCAAGGAGGUUAUUGCAGUAAUCCAAACAAGAAAUAGUGGCCUGGACCAGGCCAUAGACGGGUUGGAUGGAAGGGAAUGGAUUUGGGAGAUUCAGGAGACAGAUUCCUAAAGGUCUUGGUGGCUGAUUGGAUGUGUGGGUUGGGGAGAUGGGAGAAGCAGGAGCUUAGGAUGACUGGCAGGGCUGCAGAUGGCUCUGUUCAGUACAAUAGCUACCACUACCCAGGUCCACCUGACCCACUAGAUAGGCAUCCUCAUUCUCCCCCAUACCUGCCAUCCACCACUACCUCCACCCCCUUACUUAAGCUGCUUCUGAUAUUUGGGAUGUACAUAACCCUCCUUCCUUCCAAUCUAUCUUUUCAUAUAUAGCUCAACUCCAUUUUUUCCUGGGAAGCCUUCCCUCUUAAGCUCUUAAGCUAGACCCAACCUACCUCUUUGUCUGUAUCAUCUCCCCGCACUGCUGUGGGCCACUCAGUGGAAAGGGUGAGAGUGGGCUCUUAAGAAUCAGGCUAAGGCUCAAGCUGAGUUGAUUUAGCUUUGUGUCCAAGCAUAUAGCUCAGGGCAGCGGUCACUAGAUAAGGGGGAAGGGACCUAUAUAAACAAGGGUAGGUGGUGGUGCCAGACUUGUGUGUCAGGCAGGCGUAUAGAGUUUUUAUGCCCAGCCACGCGCUGGUGAUUGACAACAUCACAAAUUAUCCUUCUGUUGGUUGAUGGAACAAACCAGUCAAUUGCUUGUUCAACACCAGGAAUACCCUUCUCUCCUCAGAUGACCUAAAUCCUAGCCAUGCAAACCUUCCAGGCCUUGCCCUCUCAUAACUCCUUCAGGAAGCUUCCAAAGUGACUUUGGCCCUGCCGGUCCCUUUCUUCCUGUAAAUUAUGUAGGUGAAAGAACCACAAGGUUACUGAUCACACGGUGUCUCCCAUUCAUAAAUCCCGCAUUAUAUGGAGGUAAAAGGACAAACGUGAGACUGCUUCUCUACAUUUUUAACCCAAGCUCCCGCUGACAUCCUGUCCCCGUAGAUCAGAUGGACACGGGGCCAGAGUAGCUCGGGAAGAAUCAGAGGGCUCCCGGGCCUCACGCAGGUGGCACCGAGGCCAUUCAUACACCUUGCCCUAGUACCGCAAGAAGGAUACACCAACCUGGAAGGGGUAAACCUCGAAGCCAAAAGGGCAUAACGUGUCCUCUAUCUUCUGCUUCAGCUUUGCGACUUGAGGCUCCAUAGCGCACGCUACACGCUGAGCUUGCUGGGGAAUGGAGUCUCAAGGACAACCUGGGCCGUUAAGUUUCAAGGUACUUGGACUCCAUUUCCCAAGAACUACUGGGACCAACAGCGGCACAGCGAUAGCUCUGCGCGAUGCAUGCUGGGAUACGUAGUUCCUUUGGUCCUUAGAGACAACCGCCACAGAAUCAGAAAGACUCGGUUUCCCGGCAAGCUUCAAGAGGGGGGAUGUGAAUGCCCAUGUAGCUUCCUGGGAAACGUAGUUCGGCAGCCUCCAACGCCGGUUGUCUCCUCCAGAGGCGAACUCAGUUUCCCAAGUGGCGCUGCGGCAGCCAGUCCGAAGUCGGACCUGCCCGGCCUGCCCGAGGGUUUGAACCUGGCGGCGGUAGUAGACGCUGGCACAGGUUCGGCAUGAUGGCGCCAGUGUCCUUGAUCUGGGGAGGUCUAGAUCAGGAUUCGGCACCUUCAACUCCCACCUGAUAUUUGCAUAUCUGAGUAUCCUGCUUCUCCCCCAGUUCCCCAAGAACGCCGCUCCCCUGAUUAGUCCCAGAGGCUCACUUUUGGUCUGAUAUUGCAUCCCUACCCUUAAUAUUGCAUCCCCACCCCCGCUUUUCCAUCUGACGUUGUUUCCUUUCCUGGGCUGUGCCUCGGGUGUUCUGGGCUGGGAGAGCAAGGGCACAAGACGCCAGGCAGCCAGACCCUUGCCGCAGGCUAUGAGUAGAGGCCUGAGCUGGUCUGAGCAGCUCGACGCGCUUCUCAAAGCGACUGACAGAAAUGUGGCCAGGAUUAAGGUGAGGGGGUGCCUGAGGCCCCCGGUUUGGGGGUGUGGGUUAAGGGACUCUAAUAUAGAGCUCAUUGGCCUGUGCACUUGUGUCUUGUGUAGCAGCAGCUGUAUCCGCUUGGGGUUUCCACCGCAGGUAAGUAUUGUCCCUUUUUUUACCCCCCAGCCUUUUCUCUUUCCAGGAUCUGCCUUUUUCCAGUGCCUGUACUCCACAGUUCCUUCCAAAUUCCAGCUAUUUCCUUUGCUGAACAAACGUGUUUCCCCCCACACAGAUAAGCCUUGCUCUUGUCCCUUCCUUAUUCCCUCAGCUGGAGACCUGGCUGGGACCUGGACUUCCCCUCAUCACUUGCCUCCCCAGUCACGAGUCCGAGCACAACAGCCUUUGGCUCUAGAGACUCCUGUUGUCCCAGAGAGGCUGAGUUGGGCUGAGGCCCAUAGUGCAUCUUCUCUCUGGCAUGAAGUUACUGUUCUCCGAUCCCAGCUUCAAUCCCAGGCUAAGGUAACUGAGGCGCUAAGGCAGGCUGUGCAGGGCCUACUGGAAGAGCGAGAGCAGCAGAAGUACCAGAUCUGUGCCUUGGAAGCAUCACUAAGGUUGCUGCAGGGGGCCCCAGAGCAGAGGGCCCUCCUCCUGGAGCAACGCCUGGAGGGGCUGAGAAGGGAACUGCAGGGCCUUCGAAGCCAGGUGCAGGAACAGGCCCAAGCCCAAAUACAGACAGGACCACGAAAGUGCAGUGCUACCAGUGGCCUUCACCAAGAGCUGCAGAAUGAGCAACUGCUGUGGGAGGAGUCAGAGAUUGUGCGGGAGGAACUGAAGUUGCUGCGGAACCAGCUGAGCCAGCACCAGGAGCUGCUGCUGAAACAGAUGGCUGAGGGACGGCAAGCUCAGGUCCGCAGCUGGAAGUUCUCCAGGGGAGCACCCUUUCUAACCUGGAGCCCAGCAACUUGCAGCUCCAGGCCCAUAGCCUUGAGCAGGAGGACCUAUCCUUUAAGGACUCCAAGAUGCUCCUGAGUGACCUCUAAGGACUUGUAAGAGUAGUAGGAUGAAGUCUCCUUUGCUCACUUUCUCCUCCAAGGCCCUGUUUCUAGGCCCCCUGCCCCUCCCCUCUUGAUCUAGCGGGUAUCUGCCCUCCCUCCUGUGGCUUGUCACUGCCUCCCCAUCCCUGCCCACCAACUGCAGUAAAAUAAAAUGGUUUAAUCCUCCCUGAUGUGUUUUCUGUGAAUAAGCACCCACAUGGGAUAGACUCAGCUAUCCCUUUUCUUCCUCCUGUUACUUGACUGCUUCCUGCCACCUCUUUCUCUGAAAUCCAAGUUCAUAGACACUUAUAACUGUACCUUCUGAAUGUAAGCCCUAUGCUCAGUGGAACUUGGAAGGAGAUGGGAGAUCCCAUUUUGGUGGGUAGAAUGAGGUAGGACAGUGCUUUGGGGCAGUACUGCCGUGGGGAUGCAGAGGAGGGCAAGACAUUCUGGUGGGCCCUGGACCUGGGCAAUAGGAGGCUUCCUCUCCUCGUCUCCAGCUUCUGCCUCUUGAGGCUCACUCCGGUCCCUCCACCCCUCCUUAUCCUCAGCAGCCCAGCCUGCAUUUCUGUAGCAGUCUCCUCCCUGGCCCCUGUUCUUUCAGUCUCUGCCUCUAAUCCAGUGGCUUUCAGAAUUUUUUGACCUUGACCUCGACCUCCAUUCAGAAAUACAGUUUACAUUGUUGACUAGUAAACAUACAUGUAUAUAUUUAUUAACUGAAACAAAUUUCAUGAUUCAAUACUUAUUCUUACUAGGAGUGAUACACUCUGAUAUUUCCUGUUAUAUUUUAAAACAUGCCUUGUGGCUAUUGGUUCUGAUCCUUCCACCACUUGGUUGCUCUCUGGAAAGUAUAGGUAGACUAAGGGCAGCUUUACUUUCUCCUUACCUGGGCUUUGUAUUCUAGAUAGGGCAGUCCAGGAUUUCCUUAGAAGCAGCAGCAUCUCUCUGAGGUCUCAUGAGUCUUUCCCACUGCUAAAUACAGUCAUGCGUUGCUUAACAAUGGGGAUGUGUUCUGAGAAAUGCAUUGUUAGGUGAUUUUGUCAUUGUGUGAAUGCCAUAGAAUGUACUUACACAAACCUAGAUGGUAUAGCCUACUACACACCUAACCUAUAUGGUACUAAUCUUAUGGGACCACUGUCAUAUAUGUGGUCUGUUAUUGACUGAAGCAUUGUUCCAUGGUACAUGACUUUAUAGCCAAAAGAUAAUGCCAUUCAUCCCCUAAAUGGAUGUUUAUUGAGCAUAAUAUAUAUCAGUCCUGGUAUGUAUUUGCCUGAGCUAAGAUGUGCAGUGGGCCCAUGUAAAGGUUUCAGUCUCUUAGCUCAGUCUAGGUGAGAAGAGAAGACAGUUAUCUGAAAUAAAAGCAUAAUAAAAGGCUGAGGUGAGUAGGGCAGGAACUACUUCCUGUUAUGGGGUGCAUUCAAAGUCCUGGCCUAACUAGCAGACAGGUCAUGAAGAGUGGGCCUUUGACACCUGAAUAGCUAUGAGGCGAUCCUUCAGCAUUAGGGAGACUGCUGAGAGUGGAAUGGUAGUGAUCAGACUUGGGUCAAACAACUUGUUCAAAAAAAUAAAACUUCCCAUCCAGGCUCAUCUUCCUGCUGAAGCAAGUGCAAGGAACCCCUGUCUUUUACAUCUUUCACUGGGCAGGUGAUACAUCCUGCCUGGUGGCAUUAUUCGAUUGUACUUGCUACCAGUGCUCUAGUUAUUUAUCAACUACUUUGCAUCAGGUUCUGUAGGAGACAAGUUUGCAAGGAUGCCAGGGCUCCAACAGAAAUGUUAAAUAGUACUGUGGAACAAUGGUAUUUGAACUGUCACCAGGGGGCAGCACAUGAUUUGUUGCCAGAAGAAUGAUACAGAAAAGGCUUUGGGCCAAGGGGACUGGGCUAGGGUGAUCUCUUUCCAGUCACAGAUCCUGUGAACUACCAAUUAAUCUUCCUAAAACAUGUCCUGUUAAGGCUACUCGCCUGCUCAAGAACUUUUGAUAGCUCUCACAGCAUAAAAAAGAAAGGAUAAAUUUGGCAUGUAAGCCCAACCCACAUUUAACCUCUUCUUUCUCUGUUUUUAUCUGCUACCACACAUCUUUCUGAAACUUUAUUGCCACCAGGAAUGCACACUACCUAUACUCCAACUACUCAAAUCCUGCUCAUUUGUCAAGACACUUUCAGUAGGAGGCAAGUCUAAAGACGUCCGAAAGGAGGUUUCUAACCCGAAGGAGUUCUCCCCCCAUAUGGGAAGAAGGCCCAUACUUCACUGUUUUUUUCGCCUGCUCUUCCUCUUGAAGCCCUAGUCCUGUUCCAAUGUGCUCAAGCAUGAGAUUAUGAGCGCCAGAAGUCCAGGCAUAUGGAAAGAUGUGCCUGUUGAACAGCUGAAUAGAAUUCUUAUUCCCCACCCAGCUCUUUCAAAAUCCUCUGUUUUCAAGCCAUCUCAAGUGUUACCUCCUCCACGAAGCCUUCACCGAAUCGAAUCUCUUAAGUCUAGAUGAAUUGCUUCCUCAACAUUUUGUUUAACCCUACCCAUUGCUCUUACUAUCUCAAGUCGCUAAUAACCAAG